AUGGGCGCUCGGGGGCCGCCCCGCGCCCGCCCCUGGCUGGGCGUCUGCGCCCUCCUCUCCCUGGCCGCCACCGUCCUCCUGGGGCACGUCCUGCUCCACCAGUUGGCAGUGGCUCCCCGGGAGCUGUGUGGGGCUCCCGAGGAGCCGCCCCGAGCCUGCCAGCAGGGAGCCCACAGCCCGGGGGCUCAGUCCCGCCCUGGAGCGGCGCCCACACAGUGUGACGUGCCCCCCAACAGCCGCUUCGACUGCGCCCCGGACAAGGCCGUCAGCCAGGGGCAGUGCGAGGCCCGGGGCUGCUGCUACGCGCCCGUGGGGCGGCCCCGGGGCUCCCGCAUGGGGCCGCCCUGGUGCUUCUUCCCGCCCGGCUACCCCAGCUACCGGCUGGGCAACCUGACCGCCACGGACACCGGCUACACGGCCAGCCUGACCCGCGCCGCCCCGACCUUCUUCCCCAGGGACGUGCUCGCCCUGCGGCUGGACGUGCGGCUGGAGACGGAGAGCCGGCUGCGCGUCACGAUCAGAGACCCCGCCAGCAGGCGCUACGAGGUGCCCGUGCAGACCCCGCGCGCCGCUGCCCGGGCGCCAUCCCCGCUCUACAGCGUGCAGUUCUCCGAGGAGCCCUUCGGGCUGCUGGUGCGGCGGCAGCCAGACGGCCGGGUGCUGCUGGACACGGCCGUGGCGCCCCUGUUCUUCGCUGACCAGUUCCUGCAGCUGUCCACCGCGCUGCCGACCCGGCAUCUCACCGGCCUCGCCGAGCACAUGGGGCCCCUCCUGCUCGACACCAACUGGACCAAGGUCACCCUCUGGAACCGGGACAUGGCGCCCACGCCCGACGCGAACCUGUACGGGUCCCACCCUUUCUACCUGGCGCUGGAGGACGGCGGGCUGGCCCACGGGGUCUUCCUGCUGAACAGCAAUGCCAUGGACGUGGUCCUGCAGCCCAGCCCCGCCCUCAGCUGGAGGACGACAGGCGGGAUCCUGGACAUGUACGUCUUCCUGGGCCCGGAGCCGAAGAGUGUGGUGCAGCAGUACCUGGAGGUCGUAGGCCGCCCCUUCAUGCCGCCAUACUGGGCCCUCGGCUUCCACCUCUGCCGCUGGGGCUACCCGUCCACCGCCGUCACCCGCCAGGUGGUGGAGAACAUGACCCGGGCCCACUUCCCCCUGGACGUGCAGUGGAACGAUCUGGACUACAUGGACGCCCGGAGGGACUUCACGUUCAACAAGGACGGCUUCGGGGACUUCCCGGCCAUGGUGCGCGAGCUGCACCAGGGCGGCCGGCGCUACGUGAUGAUCGUGGACCCCGCCAUCAGCAGCGCGGGCCCCGUGGGGAGCUACCGGCCUUACGACGAGGGGCUGCGCAGGGGCGUCUUCAUCACCAACGAGACCGGGCAGCCCCUCAUCGGGCAGGUGUGGCCAGGGCCCUGCGCCUUCCCUGACUUCACCAACCCCGAGGCCCUGGACUGGUGGCAGGACAUGGUGGCCGAGUUCCACGCCCAGGUGCCCUUCGACGGCAUGUGGAUCGACAUGAACGAGCCGUCCAACUUCGUGAGGGGCUCCGUGGACGGCUGCCCCGAGAACGAGCUGGAGAGCCCGCCCUACGUGCCCGGGGUGGUGGGCGGGUCCCUCCGGGCAGCCACCAUCUGUGCCUCCAGCCGCCAGUUCCUCUCCACGCACUACAACCUGCACAACCUGUACGGCCUGACCGAGGCCUGGGCCUCCCACAGGGCCCUGGUGAAGGUCCGGGGCACGCGCCCCUUCGUCAUCUCCCGCUCCACCUUCGCCGGCCAUGGCCAGUACGCCGGCCACUGGACAGGGGACGUGUGGAGCAGCUGGGAGCAUCUGUCCUCCUCGGUGCCGGAGACCCUGCUCUUCGGCCUGCUGGGGGUGCCGCUGGUGGGCGCGGACGUGUGCGGCUUCCAGGGCAACACGACGGAGGAGCUGUGCGUGCGCUGGACCCAGCUGGGCGCCUUCUACCCCUUCAUGCGGAACCACAACGACCUGCACAGCCUGCCCCAGGAGCCCUACCGCUUCAGCGAGCCGGCGCAGCAGGCCAUGCGGAAGGCCCUGGGCCUGCGCUACGCGCUGCUGCCCCACCUCUACACGCUCUUCCACGGCGCCCACGCCCGCGGCGACACCGUGGCCCGGCCCCUCUUCCUGGAGUUCCCCGAGGACCCCCGCACCUGGCCGGUGGACCGCCAGCUCCUGUGGGGCCAGGCCUUGCUCAUCACGCCGGUGCUCGAGGCCGGGCAGGUGGAAGUGACUGGCUACUUCCCCGCCGGCACGUGGUUCGACCUGCAGAUGGUGCCGUUUGAGGCCCUUGGCAGCCUCCCACCUCCACCUCCGGCACCCCUCAAGCCUGCCAUCCACAGCGAGGGCCAGUGGGUGACACUGCCGGCCCCCCUGGACACCAUCAACGUCCACCUCCGGGCUGGACACAUCGUCCCCCUGCAGGGCCCUGGCCUCACGACCACGGAGUCCCGCAAGCAGCCCAUGGCGCUGGCCGUGGCCCUGACCCCGAGCGGGGAGGCCCGCGGGGAUCUCUUCUGGGAUGACGGGGAGAGCCUAGGGGUGCUGGAGCGCGGGGCCUACACACAGCUCGUCUUCCUGGCCGGGAACAACUCCCUCGUGAACGACGUGGUGCACGUGAGCAGCGAGGGGGCCGCCCUGCAGCUGAGGAGGGUGACCGUCCUGGGAGUGGCCUCCACCCCCAGGCAGGUCCUUGCCAAUGGGGUUCCCGUCUCCAACUUCACCUACAGCCCCGACACCCAGACCCUGGACAUCCCCGUCUCGCUGACGAUGGGACAGCAGUUUCUCAUCAGCUGGUCCUGA